CAACUAAUGAUUUGGAAGAUUUGGAAGAUUUAAAUGAAAUUAAAAAUAAUUGGAAUGAAUCAAAUGAUUUAACUGUUGAUUUAGAAGAAAAUGAAAAUAAAUUAGAAUCUAUACAUGAAGAAUUAUAUAAUGCUUUUCCUAUUAUUGAAGAAAAAUCUUUUGAAGAAAUUGAUGAAAAUAUUGAUGAAAAAAUAAAAAUAUUUCCUGAAUCUAUCUCUUCUACUUCUUCUUUAAUAUUUCAACCAAUUUUAUCAUCUUCAAUACAUCUUUCUUCGAAUUCUUCAAAUCCUUCUCCUUCAUCAUCUACUGAAAUUCAAAUCCGUCGUAUAAGUUUUAUUGAAGUGGAAUGUUUUAAUUGUACUUUUAUGAAUCAUCCAACAAGAACGAUUUGUGACUCUUGUAAUGUUCGUUUACCAGGUCCUUCAGGUCGUUCUUCACAAUACAGUGUACCUAAUAAUAAAUCUAAAUCUAUUAUAUCUGAGAGUAAUUUUCCUCUUCUUACGAGAACUCAAAUGAUUUUGUUGAAAAAAAGUGAUAAUGAUUAUAUUACUGUUAAAAAAAUGUUUUAUUCUGAAAUACCUCGUGGUGUUAUUAAGGGAAUAAUUAGAUUGGAUAUGCCAUCUAAAUUAAUAAAACUUCAUGAAAAGUAUAAAAAUAAAGUUGCAAAACUUGCUGGAAAAAAUGUUGAUGAUGUAACUUAUAGCAUGUUUCAUGGAACUACUACUUCUACUGGUUGUGAUCCUGAUCGUUUUUUAGAAAGAAAUUAUCCUUUAUCUGAAAAAUCUUUUUGUAAAAAAGGUUGUGGAAUGUGUGGUAUUAUUCAAAAUGGUAAUAGGAAGAAAUUUUCAAAGCAUAACAAAAAAAUGUGGUUUGCUAAUAGCGCUUUAAUAUCUCGUGAUUAUACUGAUGGUAAUCAUCAUACUAAAGUUAUGUUUGUUGUUGAUAUUGUCGCUCAAGAACAUAAUUACAUUCUCGUGGUUAACAAAAAUAAGGCCACACUUCCAAGAUUCAUGAUAUUAUUUGACUCAUAGCGUCAAGCAGCGUCACGCGUCAUAUCGUUCGUUAUAUCGUAAUUUCGGUUAUUCUUUAUCGAUUUUUUUUUAACGUGCUUAACUUUAUUCGAUAAGUUAUAAAAUUUUUUUUCGUACUUAUUAUUUAUAUAUAUAUUUUU